AGAGAAUAAUUAAAAUAAUUUUGCAGAAAGGAAUUUUGAGCAGAAGAGGAAGAAGAAAAAAGCUUCGAGCAAACAACAAUGGCGAAGGAGCAGCUGCAAGUGCUGAACGCACUCGACGUGGCAAAAACACAGUGGUACCAUUUCACCGCCAUAGUCAUCGCCGGAAUGGGGUUCUUCACCGACGCGUACGAUCUCUUCUGCGUCUCCCUCGUGACCAAGCUCCUCGGCCGGAUCUACUACCACCACGACGGCGCGUUGAAGCCAGGCACCCUCCCACCCAACGUCGCCGCCGCCGUCAACGGCGUCGCCUUCUGCGGAACCCUCGCCGGCCAGCUCUUCUUCGGCUGGCUCGGCGACAAGCUCGGCCGGAAGAAGGUGUACGGGAUGACACUGAUGCUGAUGGUGAUCUGCUCCGUCGCGUCGGGGCUUUCGUUCAGCGACAAGCCGGCGUCGGUGAUGGCGACGCUCUGCUUCUUCCGCUUCUGGCUGGGAUUCGGCAUCGGCGGCGACUACCCUCUCUCCGCCACCAUCAUGUCGGAGUACGCCAACAAGAAGACCCGCGGCGCCUUCAUCGCCGCCGUCUUCGCCAUGCAGGGCUUCGGCAUCCUCGCCGGCGGCAUGGUCGCCAUCAUAGUCGCCGCCGCCUUCAAGUCCGCCUACCCCACCCCCGCCUACCAAGACGCCCCCCUCCUCUCCACCCCACCACAAGCCGACUUCGUCUGGCGAAUCAUAGUCAUGUUCGGCGCCCUCCCCGCCGCCCUCACCUACUACUGGCGGAUGAAGAUGCCGGAAACCGCCCGCUACACCGCACUCGUGGCUAAGAACGCCAAACAAGCCGCCUCCGACAUGUCCAAAGUCCUCCAAGUCGAAAUCGAAUCCGAAAGCAACACCAUAAUCGCAAACAACAAUUCCACCACCACCACCGACUUCGGCCUCUUCUCGAAGAAAUUCCUCCACCGCCACGGCCUCCACCUCCUCGGCACAACCAGCACGUGGUUCCUCCUCGACAUCGCCUUCUACAGCCAAAACCUCUUCCAAAAGGACAUCUUCACCGGUAUCGGUUGGAUCCCGGCCCCCAAAACAAUGAACGCCCUCGAAGAGGUCUACAAAAUCGCCAGAGCCCAAACCCUAAUCGCACUCUGCAGCACCGUGCCAGGAUACUGGUUCACCGUCUUCUUCAUAGACAAAAUCGGCCGCUUCGCAAUCCAGCUAAUGGGAUUCUUCUUCAUGACCGUGUUCAUGUUCGCACUGGCCAUACCCUACGACCACUGGACCCACAAGGAGAACCGAAUAGGGUUCGUCAUAAUGUACUCGUUGACUUUCUUCUUCGCCAACUUCGGUCCCAACGCAACCACAUUCGUGGUCCCCGCGGAGAUAUUUCCAGCUAGAUUGAGGUCCACGUGCCAUGGAAUAUCAGCUGCUGCCGGAAAAGCAGGCGCGAUGAUCGGUGCGUUCGGGUUUCUAUACGCGUCGCAGCCGACGGAUCCGACGAAGAGGGAUGCCGGUUACCCGGCGGGAAUCGGGAUUAGAAAUUCGUUGAUCGUGUUAGGGUGUAUUAACGCUUUGGGUGUGGUUUUCACGUUUUUGGUGCCGGAAUCGAACGGGAGGUCUUUGGAGGAGAUGUCGAAAGAGAAUGAAGACGAUGACGAUGAUUCUAACGGAGUCGAAAUGAGGGGUAAUGAGUUUAGGACCGUUCCGGUGUGAUGAAUGUGUAUGUAAUUAAUUAAGAAUGAGCUUUCUUGAUCUUUAUUUACAUAUCCAAGAAUGAUGUAAUGGUUAUUUUUAAGAUUGAUCAUAUAUAUAUAAAAAAAAUAAAAAAAAUAAAAAGAAUAUUACAUCACCAUGA